CCUCUCCCAAAUGCUUUUACUACUUGCAGUUGCAUCUGCUGUGCCUGAUGGCGGAUGCCUAACCAAAUGCGGCAACGUGGAGAUCCCUAACCCCUUCUUCAUCGGCGCUAACUGUUCCAGGGACGGCCAAAUAGAUUAUAUCUGCAACAGUACCGAAACUGGCAUCGGCGCUAAUUGUUCCUUGGGAGGAGGUUUCAAUCUAACCUGCAAUACCAUGGAAAGUGGCCUCAAGAAGCCAUUCUAUGGUGAUCUUGAGGUCCUCAAUAUUUCGUUGACGAUGGGCUACGUGCGCAUGCUCAACCGCAUAAUCUCGCAGUGUCACGAGCAGCUCACUUUCCAUACGAGAGCCGUGACUUGGAGAGAGGAUGAUGGCCCAUACAGGUACUCAGAUGUCCUCAACAAGUUCACUGUCAUCGGCUGCGAUACCCUUGCCUACAUACUCGACUACCAUGGGAUCAAUAGCUACCAGAGUGGCUGUGUGUCUAUGUGCCGGGAUGAACAGAGCAUCGCCAAUGGCUCCUGCUCCGGACUCGGUUGCUGCCAGACUUCCAUACCCAAGAAUCUCACACAGUAUACUGUCAGCUUUGAAAACCGUUCCGACAACUCGGAUACUCUGAGAUUUAGCAAUUGCAGCUACGCCGUCUUGUUGGAGGCCGAGCGGUUCCAGUUCCAGACAUCUUACAUCACCACUAAUCAAUUGAUGGAAAUUAACGACGGCUGGGUGCCGGUGGUCAUGGACUGGGCCAUCGGCAGCGAGACGUGCGAGGUAGCUAAGCGCAACCUAACCAGCUCUUAUGUCUGCGUCAGUGCUCACAGCGACUGUGUCGAGUCCUCCAACGGUCCUGGUUAUCUCUGCAACUGUUCCGAGGGAUACCAAGGCAAUCCUUACGUCUCCGACGGAUGCCAAGACAUCAAUGAGUGCGAUCAGCAAUCAAAUCCAUGCUCCGAUGGCAUCUGCCACAACCUUCCAGGUGAUUAUAGAUGCGAGUGCCCCGAAGGCACGCAAGGAAACGCUUACAAUGGAGCAUGCAUCACAGCAGAGUCUCAGAAAUUAUCCUUAGCUGUGAAGGUGGCUAUAGGUGGUGGCAGUGGUGUAAUCAUUUUGUUACUAUGUAUUAUGUGUCUUUAUGUAGUCUAUCAAAGAAGUAAAAUUGAAGAGAUGAAAAGAAAAUAUUUCAAACAACAUGGAGGCUACGAAUUAGAGGAAAAGAUGAAGUUACAAAGAGGCCUCAACAAAUUUAAGAUAUUUGAAAGCAAAGAAUUAGAGAAGGCAACAAAUCAUUUUGAUGACAAAAAUAUUAUUGGGAGAGGAGGAAAUGGAGUUGUAUAUAAAGGAGUUUUGGAAAACCAAGUUGUUGUUGCCAUAAAGAAGCCUAAGAUUAUCAAUGAGGAUUUAAAAAAACAGUUUGGAACAGAGACACUUAUUUUAUCAUAUGUUAACCAUGUCAACAUAGUCAAUCUCUUGGGUUGUUGUUUGGAGACUGAGAUGCCAUUAUUGGUCUAUGAGUUCGUCUCGAAUGGAACAUUGUUUCAUUUAAUUCAUGAAAAUGAGAAUCAAGCUCCAACUUCCUUGGAUACUCGACUGCGAAUUGCUUAUGAGUCGGCUGAUGCUUUGGACUACUUGCAUUCAAAAGCUUCGCCUCAAAUCAUUCAUGGAGAUGUGAAACCCUCUAAUAUACUUUUAGAUAUGGAUUACAUAGCAAAAAUUUCAGACUUUGGAGCUUCAAAGAUGAUUCCCAAGGGGGAGAAACAAUUUGCUACAUUGUUGCAAUUCACUCAUGGUUAUAUUGAUCCAGAGUGCUUGAUGACAUAUGAGUUGACCUAUAAAAGUGAUGUUUAUAGCUUUGGUGUGGUUCUCUUGGAACUAUUUACAGGUAAGAAGGUUAUUAGUUUUGAAGAAUCUGAAGAACAAAAGAGUUUGGUGUCGACUUUUACUAUGUUGGAGAAGCAGAAUAGGGUUUCAGAUAUCUUAGACAAUCAAGUGAAAUUGGAAGCUAAUAUAGAAUUUAUUCAAGAACUUACCGCACUUAUUAAGGAAUGUUUAAAGUCAAAGGGAGAAGAUAGACCAACUAUGAAGGAAGUGGCUGAGGAGCUAAAUGGAUUAAGAACUCUUAAGAAACACCUGUUCAUAGUACAACACAAUGUUGAAGAAAUGGAGAGCUUGCUCAGUGGGUUGCCAAAUGAUAAUCGUGCUAAUUCCAAUACUAUUUUCAAUAUUGAGAGAAGACUCACAAGACGGAGCAAUAUACAAGGCUGGUUGUAAUAGGGACUUGGUCUCAAAUGGUGUUGCUAUGUUUGAUUAUGUGUGUUUUGUUUGCUUAAUGUUCUAGCCUUCGUAAGUGUUUUUUUUUUU